UUUGCAGAUUGUCUUUGUCUACUUGAUGGCCGUUUCAAUCAACUUCGCACAUUCAAUGUUAAAAUUAGAUCCAUUCAUUAUUCAUUUGUAGUGAUGAAUAAUAAAGUAAGUUGAUCUUACAAUGACGUAAGAGUUAUCAUAAAAACAAAUAAUUUAUUUAUUAAAUGUAUCAUUGAUAUAUUUUCUCUUAAUAUUUACUAUAUAUAUUGUUUAUCUUUUUAGGAAAACCUUCCUAAUUUAAGAUCUUUUUCUUUUACAUGUGCUAGUGGUCCUAAUUAUUAUGAGGUUUUCAUUGUGCCACUUGUUCAUCGAAUGUUAAAUCUCGAAGAACUCGCUUUAUAUUUUUUCACCAGUACUGAAAUAUUCAUUGAUGGAAACAAUUUGAAAAAGAAUAUUAUCGAUCAUUUACCACGAUUAAAUAAAUUUCUAUUUAAUAUUUGUUCAACUAUCUAUCUUCGUGAUCAAGCUACUUAUUUACCAUCAAAUGAAGAAAUUCAACAAACAUUCAUAAAUUUCAUGAACAAUAAAAUUAUUACUUGUGUCGAUUAUUUUCCAAAACAGUAUAGUGGUCAAUGUCGUAUUUAUUCAUAUCCAUACACAAUGAAUUAUUAUCGUAAAAUUACAAAUAAUUGUCCAGGUGGAUUAUUUAAAUAUGUUUGCGAAGUAUCAUUAUUUGAUGAAAGUCCUUUUAAACAUGAAUUUUUUCUUCGAAUUGCUCAAUAA